GGUACGGAGCAUCUCGCGGUCAGCAAUAAGCUGCUUGAGUAGGGAUUUAGAAACGUCGCUUUCAGGACUUAAUUUAAAAAACAAAAAACCAACCACCGCUUUGCUGACAAUAAACACGGGUGGUGGGGAGAAAUUUGCCAUCUCUGGAGUUCAUAGACUUGCUAGUGCAUCACCCCCCGUUGUCUGCUAGCGGGCAUGGAUUAGGUGGAUGCAGAGCGGUAAUCCUAUCCUAGUUUUCAAAACAAGCCCGUACGUAUAAAGAAGUAAAUCUCAUUUUGGGCUGCUGACUUGAUUAACAGAAAAUGCAGUGAAACGAGACGGUGGGCGGUUAGUACAAAUCCGCUCCCUUGGGUUGGAGCCAGCGGUGAGUGCUCGAGGGCUGGCUGCGGCAGGCAUCUCCCGGUCCUGUGGUAGCGUAUGGCUUUUUCCCAUCGGACUGUCCUUCAGAAAACACAAACCUGGCCUAGAGUUUGGGUUCAGGUUUGAUUAAAAAGUGUAUUACCAUAUUACUGUUAUUUGUUUAAAAAAAAAAAAAAAAGGAACUUGUGUGUUCUCAGAUGUUUCCUAACCUUUUCAGCAUCGAUCCUAAAAUUCAUGCAGCAGGGUUGCGUACCACCAGGGGUGAUGCCGUCCCUGCGGGCAGCCUGUAGACGUGCUCCAGGUGCCACCUCUGCUGGCAUUUCUUCUUAUGCUUGAGGCCACUUCUUGUGUGGAUUAGCUGGCAGGGACAAGCCUGGGUCUGUCCUGAGGCCCUGGAGCCUGCUCCUUUUAUGAGAAGGGGAAGGGGGAAGCGCAGAAAUAUACCCCACCUGAGUUCCACCAUGUGCCAGAGGCUGUGAACCUUCACAACCCAUAAUUUAAGAACAACCAAAGCAACCUCCAUGGCAUUUAUUAGGUGGUGCAUGCUGCUCACUACUGUGAGAAUUAAGUCCUUACAUCCUUAAAACAGUUUCAGUGUUUUUAAAGCUUAUUUUUCAGUUUAUGAACAGAAAUGUGUGUAAUUACUGACAAAACCAUGGCCAGUAAUACAGCAGUGUACUUGAGCAUCUUUUAAAAUAGAAGCUUAGGUCAGAGCAAAGGAUGUUUUAAUUUUUAAAUGUACACUCCUCUGUUAUCCUGAAAAGAGACCCUAGAACUUACAACUUUACUUUUAAUUAAUUUUUCACUGAAAAGUACAAUUUAUAACAAAAAUCACUUAUUUGCACUUACUUAAAAUAUGCUUAUUGAUAUGCACAGACUUAAUGCAGAUAGCUCUUACAUAAAUUAAUCUGUUUACUGAAAAUGAUAAAUUAAAAAUAUCAGCAUGUUGUAAAACACAGUCGUCAUCUAAAAAUGUCCUAAGAAACAAGUGAUUUCUUUCCGCUUCAUGUAGACUUUACAACUGAAUUGACAGGUCAAAUUGCUAAUGUGAUUGUUCAAAACUACUAUAGUGGUUUAGAAAAAUGAGUAGGUUGAAAUUGUUGUUGCCUGUGCUAUUUCAUUUUCCCUGAGGUGGCAACAGUCCCUAGUAUGUUACGGUUUGUGACCAAGAUGGGCAGCUCUGGUUCCUGCUUUGGUCAAGUUGUUUGUUUCUAGCUUUUGCUCACAAGUUUGGCAAACCAUUUUUCCAUCAAAUAACUGACAAAGUUAUGAUGUGCUAAUAAAGUUAGGAUAAAUUGCACAUACUAAUUUUGCAGAAGAAUACUUAUAUUUGCCUUUUUGUCUAUGAAGAAGAAUUCUGUUUGUAUUUCAUCAUAUUUACGGUAGUGCAUGAUAGUUCAUGAUGCUUUUAAAAAUGUCCUUUAUCUUAAAUGGAGAAAAUGAGGAAAAUUUAGGCCUCAGCACUUCUCUGCUGCUAUUCUGCUUUUCUUUUUUUUUCUUGCCGCUAACUGGAUUAAAAGCCAUUUUGGUUACUAUGGCAUCCCGUGAGGAGAUUACUGUCUGUGAAGAUGAAGUAAGGUCUCGGUACAGCUACUUAGAGAAGAUGACAGAUUUGGUGGCUGUUUGGGAAGUAGCUUUAAGUGAUGGUGUUCAUAAGAUUGAAUUUGAACAUGGGACCACUUCAGGAAAACGUGUUGUCUAUGUUGAUGGAAAGGAAGAAAUAAGAAAAGAAUGGAUGUUUAAAUUAGUGGGUAAAGAAACUUUCAAUGUUGGAGCAGCCAAAACAAAAGCUACUAUUAACAUUGAUGCAGUCAGUGGCUUUGCAUAUGAAUAUACUUUGGAGAUCAAUGGAAAGAGCCUCAAGAAGUAUAUGGAGAACAGGUCAAAAACAACCAAUACUUGGGUACUGAGCUUGGGUGGUAUGGACUAUAGAGUUGUUCUAGAAAAGGACACUAUGGAUGUGUGGUGCAAUGGCCAAAAAUUGGAAACAGCGGGUGAAUUUGUAGAAGAUGGGACUGAAACUCACUUCAGUGUUGGUGAUCACAGCUGUUGCAUUAAGGCUGUCAGUAGUGGAAAACGAAAGGAAGGAAUUAUUCAUACCCUUAUUGUGGAUGACAGAGAAAUCCCAGAGGCUGUGGAGUAACCUCUAGUUAACUGAUUAUUGUAGGACUAAGAUCAGGAAUUUUCAAUUACUGUGGUAAUUAUUUUAAUAUGUACUACUUGGUACAUCUAGUUUGUGCUGGGUUUAUUUUCUAGUUUCUGUAUAUGAAAUUAUUUUUGUUGAGGACCAGAUGAAAACCAUUAUAUACAACCUCUUACAUUACCAGUUUUUAAAAAACUAUAUAGACACACAGAAUAUAUAUUUUAUCACUAAGUGCAGGGAGCACAGGUGAACUUACAUAGAAAUUAUAUACUAGGAAAAAAAAUCUCACUAUAAAAAAAUGCAAGGUAAAUAUUCAGUAAGUCUGAAUCCUUAUAGACUGUGGGUGUAUGUGGAGGGAGGAGGAAGCAUGUGCUGGGCAUUGGAAUAAGCUGUUAACAUUUUCUCCGUAAUUAUUUUUUCUAUUAACAUUUUUCAGAUGCAGUUAAGAAGAGUUACAAAGUUAAUAAAAAGAUUAAUAAUGAAAUACAUUGUACCAGUACUUGUGUAACAGUAUUAAAAUAAUACUGUGCUAUAAAGACUGUUCUCUAUACCAGUAGGAGAAAAGAUGUUACAUUUUGCCAAGAAAAAAAUUCUUUGAGGUUUUCUGAAAAACUGAUGCUUGUUAGAAAUUGUUGCAGUAGUUCAGAAACUCUGUACUGAGUUUUUCCAAAACAGAAAAAAAAAAUUCCUGCCAUGAAACUCCUUUAAAAAAUGAAAACUCCCAAAGCAAGCUGAAAGAAGAGCUUAUUCUAGUUCAGUGCUGCCUAACAAACCUUCAAUCUACAGCUGUGCGUUUUCCUGGCAGUAAUGUGUGAAUCAAGAAACAUGAGGGAAAAAUGGGACAGAAAUAGAGGAGAAUUGGUUGCCUAAAUGGAAAAGUUAAAAUAGAAAUAGACUAAUUCUGUUUUCAAAAUUCCAGCAUACUAUCUAAAAGCAACCUUGGGAUUUCUGUGAGAACAAGACUCGUAUGUGUUAGGUGGUUCUUACAAGUUCAGGGGGGGUGUUCCCAUUUAACAUUACACUAGAGCAUAGGCUCACACGUGACAAAAGCUACCCUUUUGCAACAAUGUAGACAUAGCUAAUCUUAAAAAUAAUUUUAAAAAACCCAACCAAAAUAUUAUUAUAUUAAUUUAAAAGUUUGUUUUGCAAUGGCUCAAAAGUUUUUCCACUUGCAACCUCACUUACAGUUCAGAAUUAGACUUUUAUAAUUUAAUUUCUUUUGGACUUGUGAGUGGUUCCUAGCACUACUGUCUUGGCAGUUGCAGGUGCAGUACAAAUGUACUGGGAAUUCAUUAACAAAUUAUUUUGAAAAGUUUUAUGAAACACUAAUUUCAUCUAUGUUUUAGGGUUCAGACUGCUCUCCAUUAGCCCAGUGCUUUACAUGUGGAUGAAAUGUUUUUCCUAUGACGAUGUCAUUGGUUUUUAAUAGCUUUAUGUGAACCUUUCUUCUCCCCAGAUAAUUACAGUUUUAUCCACAGAUGACUUUUCAUUCUAGAAGCAGACAUGAUAUUGGCACUGUUGUAAGCUGUUCAGGUGUUUGGUUAGGGCCAUAACUAAAAAGUGGUGAUUUAAAAUGCUUCAGAUUGGACAAAUAUGGUAGUAGCUUUUAGUUCGGGACAAUAGAUUUGUUUUAAACCCUGCUAACGUCAGGCAUAGUUUCAGGCUUUAGUACAGGUUUCAAAGUACCUGAGAGCUGGACUGAAUCCUUUUACACUGGAGUGUAAUAGCUCUUAGGCUUUUCUGUUUACUGGCUUCAGGUCACUGCAGAAGCAAUGUGGGGAUUUCUACAGUUGACACUACCAAUAUCUUCUAAAGAUUACAAAGUAGAUUAUUGAAGAGCAAUUUCAAGCUGUAGCUUGAGCCAGUUCUCUACUAUUUUGUAGCUGUUCAAAGAGAUUGAACACCACUGAGAAAUCUGAAGCUCAAAUACAGUCCAAGUCAUAUUCAUAAGACUAUAUGGAAAAAUAAUAGGUUAGCUGACAUUGUCAUUCAUACUUUUUAUUUUGAAUACAUGUAUCUACAAUGCUUGGAACCUCUUAACUAAUAAGCACUGUACAAGCAACUACUGUUAGAAACCAUGAAGUAUUACCUCACAUUUAUCAUAACUAUGUGUAUUUAGUAGCACGUCCCUAAGUAGGAAACGGCUUUCACCUAUUUAAGUCAAAAGCAAAUUUAAGAAUCAGAGGCACAACCAUGAUUUCCUGGGUUUCACUAAUAUAUGCAAUAUCUCAGAUUAAGAAAAUCUAAUGGAAGAAUGACAACCUAUGCAAGCAUCAAGUGUAUAGUCAUGUGCUCACAGCACUUUAAGGCAUAACGUAAAUGACCAGAUAAAUGCUAAACUGUAUUUUAUGAUGCUUUCCCUUCUAUUUCCACUCAUAGAUAAUUUUGUUCUAGUCUCUUUAAGUUACUGACUUACUUUUUUUGUUCACGGGUAUUUCAGAGCACUUUGCACAAGGCACUUUGACCCCAGCACGUUACUAGGUAGAACAUCCUCUUAAAAUCUAAGUAUUAGACUUUGUUCUGAGGGGGGUCUUCACAAUAGCUACAGUUCUGAUUAAUUCUUACUCCGGAUGCUGCUGGUUUCCUCAGAGGGUGAUAUCACUCUCCCGGACUUGGGAACAAGUCAACAAAUACUGUGGAAGGGCCCCAAAACUGUUGCAAAUAACAAAGAUGUCGGGAUUGUUUACAUCAUCUACUAAGCUGUCAUAUAUCUUAAUGUCAUCCCCCUCCACUGCCAGUGGCAUAAUAUAAGAUGGCUUGCCUUUAAUGUAUAAGCCUGUUAAUACAUCAGCCUCAAACACAUAUAUUUUAGAGUCUGUUUCCCACGUAUCUUUACCCUCGAUUAGGCUUUUCAGGUUCCUUUUAAAGUAGAUGCCAGCUCCAUAUUUUUGUUCUGGAAAAAGAAAGAAAAAUUUUCAGAAGAAAAAAAAAAAAGCCUUUAACAAUUGGUUCUUUUGGGGUGGUAGUACAAAAAGACUGCUUGAUUCAGUAUGACAUUUUAUGUUACUGCUCAAUGCAUGCCAUCCUUUUAGAAGUAAAUUUGCUUUAAGUGGCUGUGAUGCUAGCACUGACCUCCCACUGAAAUCAUGAGCAAUGACAGCUGAUGGCCAUUCUGAUUUAACUGCUACUCCAGUGGUGACCAUUUGGAUUUCACUGUUAAUCCAAUGAUAAAAACAUCACGGUAUAAUGUAUUUAAUAAACACUUCUGUCAUCAUGUACUAGGGACUCUGAUAAGCACCAGAGAAGGGAAUAUUUUAAUAAUGCAAGCUACAAAAAUAAGCUUUGGGAUUUAUAAGGGGAAUGCUGCAUAAAAAUGCUAUUACAGUAUCACGUGGAAAAGUGCAAAGAAAUGAAAUUAGACCAUCAUCCUAGUUAUUACUUUGAAAGUGUGAAAAUGUGCCCUGUACAUUGUGUAGACCAGGAAAGGCAAAUCUCUGCUUUUUGAACAGUUUAUUGCCCAAAAUCCCAAUUCUGCAUUUGACAAGCAAAACAUCACACCCUUCACCUAUUGCAGGAUGCAGUUCUAAAUCCUUAUUCGUUCCAUUUCUAAAAACAUCUGUCUGCUAUGCUGUCUACUGCAAGAUUGCAUAGAUACCACAGCUUUCUUCCUAAGCGUACUCUAGUUUGAAUGGCAGCCUGCUUGGUCAGAUUAUCUGCUGUCUCCAAUCACACCUGAUCUGAGCAGGGGCUUAGGCUAGAUGACCUUCAGAAGUACCUUCCAGCCUCAAUUAUUCUGUGAUUCCUUUGAAUGUGUUUUAAAGCAUCGAGCUGCUGAAUGCAUGUUUGCAGCAAGUAAAGAAGGACAUUGACUUUCUUUAAAGAGAGAUGCAACAAAAUAAAACUUGGACCUGGCAUUAUGUCUGCAUUAAUGAUUCUGUCUAGAGUGUCCAGACUAGGCUAGAAUCCAGGCUUAUCCUCCCAGAGCCUUACUGACUUUACAGUAUCAGGAAGCAAAACCAGGAAAACUCUUACUGUAGAUAAAAAAAAAAUAAGCUCAUAGGACUCUAAAGGCAGGUAAGAAACAGUUCUUGUUUAGGAAUGCCAUUUUUUCUGAUUUUAAUCCAACUUUAGUAGUCAGUCACUGUUCGUUUUGAUUAGAAGAUGCCAAAGCAAGUUAUUACCUGUUGGUGGAGAAUACAUCCUGUGAAACCCAGUUUGGCAUACUGAGCUACAGAACUCAGCAGGAACAUGCUGGUACAACUUGUGGGUUAUUUUGGAGAUACCUUGGUUUUCUUUUUUUUUUUUCAUUUGUUGGAACGCAGCAGAUAAAAGAGAAUUAUGUAUCUUUUCAAUCUGUAACAUAAAUAAAAGUGUAAUAUAAGCAAAUGGAGACCAUAA